GACUGGCUCCAGUCGAAGGGGACCCCUGGCACUGACUCCAGCGUGGAGGCAGUCAUAUCAGUUCUCUGGCGUACUCUCGACCAGCUAGUACGGAAGAGUCAACAGACUGUCCAACACUGUGGAUCUACCAUCCGGCUGGAGGCUGUGCGGACACAAGCCAAUGAACUACCGCAUCGUGCGCUGCUGGGAUAUAUGGAUGCACAAAGCAUCCGCAAGCACGUGAUCCCAUGGCAGCAGAUGCUUGCCUUCUUUGCACGAACCCAACAGCCACAUGGAUGGCGUAGCCCACCCUAUGCGUUCACUGCCCGACAGCAGGAUAAAUGGACGCGGCUGUGGCGGGCUGUACAGACCUCUAAUAGCGCACCCACUGCUGGUAGUAGUGGUGGUCAUAAUAAUGACGCCACCCAUGGGGAGGACCCCCUGGCGCCAUGGCUGAUGAGUCUACAGGAACAGACCUGUCUUGAAUUCUGUGUUGAACUGCUUAAUCAACGCUACCGCAGUAACGAGUAUGAGAGUGCCCUUGUCUGUGCGAUGGCCGUCCUUGGCCGUGGAGAGAGUGGAUGGCGGAGUCCAGAAACCUACCCGCCGAUCCUGUCGAGUGUAAUCAAGCUCGCCCGGUUCUUCGUUGUACAGAAGGCACUGUGGCUUGACCCGGCAGCGCGACAGAUCAUUGCGGUCUGGCAGCACCAGCAGGAUGGCACCCCGUGGGCCCUAGUCAGCGCCGACGAGGACCUGGCAGACCUUGCUACCGGCGUAGACUGUGAUCAGUAUGACAGCCGGUCCAGUCCCGGUGUCUUCUCUCAGCAGUCUGAUCCUAUCUCCAGUCCUGCCUUUGGUACUCCAGUCCAUGCUACGCGGCAGUCUACUCCAUCCACCAUGCGUUCCCCACCGGGCGGCACCUUCCCCGAGCACGUUGAGUCCAUGGUGCGAAAGUUCAUGAUCCGGGGAACGCACGGGCCUAUGCAGACCCUUCUCGACUGGCGCACCUAUGGACUGCGGGUACACUACAACACCAGUACGCCCGGGCACAUCGCAUGGCUGGGGAGCGAUGAGGUCCUGUAUAAGGAUGUACAGUUCACCAUGGGCCGCCUGCGGAGCUUUCUACACGGCCUGGUAGAUACGACCAAAAGCAUUCUA